UGGACAAAUGGCGACGGUACGUGCAGCAAUCACGGCCUCGGUCCCGUCGCGAAGUUACAGCAGGCGCCAUGGUGUGCGUCCGCUUUGGAGGAGUUAUUUACCCCGACGUGCUUUUGCUGAUGAUGUCCCGGGCAUGACCAGCGGUAAUUGCGUCACCGACGCGACGACGAGGGCGUUGAUUAACGAUGUGAGUAGCACCGGCGGAUCUGGCGGCGGGGGCGGGGCCGGCAGCGGUGGGGGCAGCGGCAGCGGUGGCGGCGGCGGUGAUGCGGGCGGCUCACAGCCCCACCCCAUGCGCAACUUCACGUUCGCGUUUGCCGCACUUCUGGCAGUGGGUGGGGCGCUGGCCUUCGCGCGAAAAGGCAGCGGCAAGUCUCUGGGUGCGGGGGCCGGUGCGGCGCUCAUCCUGGCUUUGUGUGCUCGCUCCAUGGUGGGCACCGCUGCGGUGGGCCCUGCGCGAGUGGCUUUCGCUCUGUGCACGAUGCUGGGGGUCGUAAUGGCAAGCCGCUUCAACAACAGCAAGAAGUUCUUCCCGGCGGGGCUGGUGGCGCUGCUGUCCCUGUCCAUGGCGGUCGGCUUCGUGGUGGUUGCCGCUGCGGGUUUCCGGAGCUAA